GAAUAACCAUUACUUCCGCAAAAAAGUUCCAAGUGCAGGUGGGUGCUAAGGAAGCUUCACCUAACAAAAUCACCUAACAAAAUAUCGAAGCAGCCUGGCAGCUCCGAUUAUACCAAAUUCCCCUCUUUUCUCGACUACACUGGAAGGUUUUUUUUUUUGUUAUUUAUAACCAAGUAUAACAGGCUUCCUGAAAGAUGGCUUCCAUGUUUGAGCAGCCUUCGAAUGGGACUCUGUUCCUCGGCGGCCAGAAGAUUUCCGGUGCAGAUAUCAGGGAUCAGAAUGUUCUUGCUACCCAAUCCAUAGCGAACGUUGUCAAGAGUUCUUUUGGGCCCAGCGGUCUAGAUAAGAUGAUGGUAGACGAUAUUGGAGAUGUCACAGUAACCAACGACGGCGCGACCAUCCUAAGCUUACUAGAUGUCGAACAUCCCGCUGGAAAGAUCCUCGUCGACUUAGCACAUCAGCAGGAUAAAGAAGUCGGUGAUGGUACAACUUCGGUAGUGCUUAUCGCCGCCGAACUCCUUCGCCGAGCAAACGAGCUCGUGAAGAACCGAAUACACCCAACUACUAUCAUCACAGGCUACAGACUUGCUUUGAGAGAGGCCAUUAAAUACAUGAACGAGAAUGUCAGCAUCAAAGUGGAAAACCUCGGCCGCGAAUCGCUAAUCAGCAUCGCAAAGACGUCAAUGUCCAGCAAGAUUAUCGGCGCCGACUCUGACUUCUUUGCUAACAUGGUUGUUGAUGCUCUCCAAGCAGUCAAGACGACAAAUAACCGUAGUGAGGUGAAAUAUCCCGUCAAGGCAGUCAACAUACUAAAAGCACAUGGCAAGGGCGUUUUAGAAUCUGUCUUAGUCAAGGGAUAUGCUUUAAACUGUACCGUUGCAUCGCAGGCAAUGACUACGCGGGUACAAGAUGCUAAGAUUGCAGUACUGGAUAUGAACCUACAAAAGGAGAGGAUGAAGUUGGGUGUACAAAUCACAGUCGAUGACCCUCAACAGCUCGAACAGAUCCGCGCACGAGAAUCAGGAAUGGUUAUCGAGAGAGUGGAGAUGAUACUCAAGGCUGGAGCAAAUGUUAUUCUAACGACUAAAGGUAUCGACGAUAUGUGCUUGAAACUCUUCAUCGAGCGUGGCGCUAUGGCUGUGAGGCGGUGCAAGAAGGAAGACCUGCGACGAAUCGCAAAGGCUACCGGCGCGACCCUAUUGAGCACACUUUCCGAUCUGAACGGUGACGAGCGUUUUGAACCUUCGUAUUUGGGCCACGCCGAAGAAGUUGUUCAGGAACGUAUUUCAGACGAUGAGUGUAUCAUGGUCAAGGGAACCAAAACGCACUCGUCAGCCUCUAUCCUCCUUCGAGGGCCGAACGACUUCACUCUUGACGAGAUGGAGCGAUCCGUUCACGAUUCGCUGUGUGCGGUUAAGAGAACUUUGGAGAGUGGUAGCAUCGUGCCCGGCGGUGGAGCGGUGGAAACCGCACUGCACAUCUACCUGGAAGAGUUCGCAGGCACAGUCGGCUCAAGAGAGCAGCUUGCCAUUGGAGAAUUCGCGCAGUCGCUUCUCGUUAUUCCCAAGACCUUAGCUGUCAACGCCGCUAAAGAUGCAAGCGAAUUAGUGGCGCAAUUACGGUCUCGACAUGCUCUGUCGCAGAGGACACAAGAUGGAGAAGGCAAUGAGGACGAGAAAACGAUCGCGAAAAAGAAGAACUACAAGAACUAUGGUUUGGAUCUGAUGAAGGGAAAGGUGGUCGACGAGAUUAAGGCUGGCGUAUUAGAACCCAGCAUGAGCAAGGUUCGACAGCUAAAGAGCGCGGUGGAGGCGUGUAUCAGCAUAAUGAGAAUUGAUACCCUGAUCAAGCUGGAUCCGGAAGAGAGGGGAGAACCGGAUGAUGGACAUGGACACUGAUAGGAAAUAAAGGGAAACAUGGUGGGCGCGAGGCGUUCCUAAUAGGAAGACGGUUUAAGACACAAGUUUAAUUCUAUAGCCCAAAUUCCAGAUCCGAGGUAAUCAACUCGUCCACUUA